GUGUCGGAAACAUUUGUGGCUCACAGAAAGGCGGAUCCCAGCCUGCUACUUUGCCUUUUAGAACUUCUCUUGAACCAUCUUUUACCUGCCACUCCUCGGCGAGUCGCCUAUUUGAACAAAAAAAUUGCUAUUUUGAGCAUUAAAACGGCUCCGUGGUCUGUCGAGUUGUCCGACGAAGAGUUUCCCAGCUAGCUAACUUUUACCGCACUAGCAUUUAACUUGUGAACUACCCUGCAGCACAACAGGGAAGGAGCAACACCGGAGCAGACACAGGAAGAUGGGAGAUAAAGAAUUGAUGUGGGCAUUGAAGACCGGGGACCUGGACGAGGUCAAAGCCAAACUGGUGACGGCUGAAGAAGCAAACCGGACCCUGGAAGGUGGGAGGAAGCCUCUGCAUUAUGCUGCAGACUUCGGUCAAGCAGAUGUGCUGGAGUACCUCAUUUCUGUCGGAGCAGAUGUCAACGCUCCAGACAAACAUGGGCUCACUCCACUGAUCUCAGCCUGUUUUGAAGAUCAUCUCUCUUGUGUUAAGGUCCUGCUAGAAAAGGGAGCUGACAAAGACCUGAAAGGACCGAAUGACGUUACUGCCUUGGAAGCUGCCCAGAGUGAUCCCAUAAGGGCUCUGCUCAAGUGAGACACCACGGUGUGGGAGGUGGCUGGACAGGUGGGUGAACGGGCACACAGAUGGAUGCAGUGGUCCCCUGACAGAAGAUGGACUCACCCCUUUUACCCCGAUCAACCUCUGUCUUAACACUGCUUUUGUCUGUUUGUUAAAGGUUCAUUUUGUCUGUCUGGUGAUUUUCCUUUACCUUUUUUUUUUUUCUUUUCCCCAAGUUUUUGGGAUAGGAUUUUUCUCUUCUUUUUGGCCUCUGUUUGUAGCCAUUUAACAGAAGGACUUCUCAAUUAUGUCUCCCUUAGGGACCAAACACUGGGGGAGUGCUCUUGUACCUGGAACCUAAAACACUGCUCAGACUAGAAAACAGACUGUAAUACAAUAAAUGGCAAUGCUUAGCACUUAAAUAUACAUCUCUCUUUUGCAGUUGUCUCUUCAAACUCUACAGAAAUCAAGUGGUAAUAGAUCAGUAGUGUGUUAAUAUUUUUACAACUUCAAUAUAAGUAUUGUAUGGCCAGUGCUUAAUCUCAUGACCAGUAACUGCACUGUCCUAUACUAGAUAGACUGAAAAGAACGGUUGUAAAGUUUCAUUUUAUUAACUUCUUCAUUAUAUGUGGCCUCCUCCUCUACCUUUAUUUCUUCUUUAAUAGACCAAACUGUCCCUCAAAUCCAAUCUUGAAAUUCUUGAAAAAAGGUGUUGGGUGAGAGAGGUCCAGAGGUUCCUUUUCUACUUGGCCCUGAAUCACUUACAUAUCAAAUGGUGUUUUUUGACAAAUUUUACAUUAUUAAUGCACACGAAGCAUUCUGUACUCUUUGACCAAUCACCAUGCUGGCUAACUAGAAAGACUUGAAUGUUGCAAUUUUAAAAAAUCUGUUAUUGAAUCCCUUUGGAAGCAAUGUUAACCACACAUAAUAAUAGAAUUAGGAAUUUUAGAAAUUUGUUGAUUUCGUCGCCCCUGGAGUGAGAUUUCGAAGCAAAAAUUCCUUUUUCGUUGCAGCUUCUCUGUGUAUUUUGUAACUGAUGGGCUCUAGUGUUUGUGAAUGAUGGGUAAAUAGGGGUUAGAGGUGAAACGUGAUGGUGGGGGCUCUUAGUAUUCCCCUUGCCUUGGAUUUGGUUAGAAGCCCUGCCUGUUUUGCUGCAUGUCAAAACUGCCUCUGCUUUUAUGUUAUGAAAUGGUCACUGUCCUCUUUUGGUUGCUUUCAAAUGAAUUACUACAAUGUAAUGGACAAAAAAAAGACGCUCUUGCUGACUUUGUUGUGACAAAA